AUACAUCCUUUUUGGUUGUGGGUAAAAUGUUUCGUUGUUGCUUCCGUGUCCCUAUAUUUGAGCAUUGCUCUAUUAUUCUGAAAAGCAAUGCGGUAUCUUAUAUCAGAAUAACAGCAUCCUGUUAGGACUAUUAUGUCCGUACUGCAGACGAACGCAGCCUCGUCUCGUCCGUCGCUUCGAGUCCAGUGGACCGAAAGCUAGCGAACAGCGGUGUGCAGCAAAAUGUCUCGGUACCGUACCGGUACGGGGGAGGCGGACAACUCGACUACAGAGAGGCCUGUUAUAAAAUAUAUUUUGUAUACUGUAUCAUAAGGAUGGUGGAAAAUGAUCAGCUCUUUGACCCUGAGAUGUCCGGGCAAAAAGUUAUAAGAAUCUACAAUAAAACUAGUAAGAGCAAGGCUAGAUCAUCUUUACCAGAUAUAUUGGCAAUCAAAAAAGUUGGCGAACACUGUAGUGUAUUUGCGAAAUGUUCGUUAUCACUACUUUCCCAAUUUGGGCCGUUGGAAGCACCCCUUGUUACCAGAAAUGAAAUGGAUGGUUCUGGUUUCGUCAUAAAAUUGGACAUUAACAAAUGUAAGAGAUUGGAAAAUGUUGAUGCUUCUUACAUUUACUAUGAUAUGUCAGAUGAAAACAUGUGCAAUUGGAUGAUGUUCGUUCAACCUGCAAAAUCAUACACUGAGCAGAAUUUAUGUGCUCAUCAAGAGGAAGACUUUAUAUACUUUACCACGACUCGUCAAGUUUUACCAGAUGAAGAAUUGAAAGUUUGGUAUUCUCCAACAUAUGCAAAAUUUUUGUCAGUACCUUUGUUGACAUCAACAUCCGGCUGCAUUAAUUCUUCAAAAGCAGCCUCUACAUCUUCAUCAACCAUGAGGAAAACAAAAACUUCUGUUCGAAUGCAAGUUUAUUUGAAUUCUGAAAGAGAUGUCAGGUCCGUUCCUCCCAAAAAAAGAGCUUGGAGGAAAGCUAGAGAUAGAAGACGAGAUGUUGUCAACUUUUCCAGUUUCCCAAAUCAUUCACUCUCCAAGCGAAUAGUUCGUAAAACAGUUGUUAAAAUUCCUGAAAUCCACUCUUGUUUAAUUUGUGGUAAAGUAUUCAAAAAUAGAGAAAAGUUGAAUGUCCACCAAGUUGUACAUUCCUCUGCUCGAAACUUUUUAUGCCAUUAUUGUGGAAGCACAUUCAAGCGUAAAGACAAACUGCAUGAUCACAUGAUAACCUUCCACAGCACAUCAGAAAGAAGGAAACCAGUGAACCAAAUUAACCUUGAUAAAUAUGUUUUUAAAUGUUUGAAAUGCUCUAUUGGCUUCCAACGACGAGGAAUGUUCAUCAAUCACAUGAUUAAAAAACACCCGGACAUAAAUACAAAUUCAAUCAAAGAGUUAUCAUAUCCGAUACUCAAAUCAGUGCUAGAAUUCAAAUGUCCAUAUUGUGAUAAAGUAUAUAAGUCCAGCACAAAAAGAAAAUUACACAUUCAAAGACAGCAUCCUGGGAGUGAACUUCCUGUGAGUAUUAAGCAAACAAAAAGUUGUCAAAAUCUUGGAAAUAUGCAAAAUACUACAAUUACUUUGAAAGAAAGAAUUUCUGCAGAGCCCAAUUGUUGUCCUCACUGUAAUAGGCAAUAUUCAUCCAAAAACAAGUUGAAAAAGCAUAUCUCUGACAAACAUGACAAGGAUGAGGUAUCACAAGCAAUGCAGAAUACUUCGGAUUGCAAUGUUGUUCCCCCCAUUGCCCAAAUAGUAGAGAACUCCGUUUUAAUUAACUAUGAACCACAUGGUAACAGUACUGCUAUGCCAAGUCAUGGUUCUGUUGAAAGACCACAAUCACAGCUCUAUGAAAUAGGUAGUGUGCCAUUUUCUUCUGUACCUGUCCCCCAAAAUUAUGGUCAAUCAAAUAAUUUCUCAAACUCACUACCUAAUGAAUUAUCACCAACAUAUUGCAAUCAGGUACAAGAUUUCUACAGUCAUUCUUCUGUAACCGCUUCACAGAUUGACUCAAAUAUGCCCCACCAUGCAAACAUAUCUGCAUGGGAAAGUUCACCAGUAAAAAAUACCACUGGCAGUUAUUCCCGAUAUCCACUUGGCCGCAAACAAAUAUUGAAAGCAUAUGAGAGUAGACAAAAUUACUCAACAUUGCAACCAGAACAAGGUUCCUCAAAAAUGCCACAGCAACAACAGUCAUGGAAAUCAUACAAAUCUCACCUUCUAAAUAAUGAUUCUGUGUGGAGGCAAACUGAUGAUAAUGAUAGAUGUAAAAGAAACAACUUAUCAGACACUCAUACAGACAAUAGUGGCAUGCACUCUGGUUUCACAGAUCUGCAUUUAACUCCAUCUAAUUUGUACUCAGCGACAGCAUCUAUUCUUGAUAGCAAUGGAAAUGGAGAACCUUUGUUAGUGAAUGAAAGAGCAACACCAGAAGAGUCCAUACCAGAACAAUGCUUGUCAUUUAUCUGUCAAAAUGCCAGAAGUUCAGUUAACUUGGGACUUUGAAGAAAUAGAAACAUCUGCUGUAUGCUUGUGCACUAUUACUGUGAUUGAAAAUAGUAUACUGAUACCAAAUAUAUUACUUUGUAAUUUUAAAGUUUCUGCAAAACUAUGAAUAGUUUUUCACAGAAUUUACCUACGUGUCUGUUGACAUGGGGACUCAAUUUUUUCAAAUAUCACAUUAUCAGUUCACAAAGA